GGUUCUAGCGAGUACGAAGAGGCGGCGGAACCGACUUUGCAGGCGCUGGGGACGUGUUUUGCAACGGACCAGGGACAGGAAGUGUACUGUGUCAAUAAGGGUCUCCACGCCCGGCGGUGGCAGGGUCACUCACGGCUGGGCAGGUUAAGUGGGUCUCAGCCUUUGAGUUUCAGGAGACCCUCAGAAGCGGCCAGAACGUCCAGACCGGCUUGUUCCGGUAACAGGUUAGACAGGUUGACCUUGGCCGCUCCUCUUUGCACUUUGUCACCCCCGGUCGAGGCAGAUGAUGUCGUGGGCUGCUGCCAACCUGAGAGGGACAGCUGCCCGAUGCUUUCGUGCGCGAUGCCUCGGGUUCCGCGUGGGACCUUGGUGUGCCUCCCAGCAGGAAAACUGCGGUCCAGCUCCACACAGGACCCUGCGUGUCAGCGCGGCGGCCUCCGCGGGACACAAUAAAUGGUCUAAAGUCCGGCACAUCAAGGGCCCCAAAGACUUGGAAAGGAGUCGAAUCUUCUCCAAACUCAUUCUCAGUAUCCGCCUGGCGGUUAAAGAGGGAGGCCCCAACCCCGAGCACAACAGCAACCUGGCCAACAUCUUAGAGGUGUGUCGGAGCAAGCAUAUGCCCAAGUCAACUAUUGAGUCGGCGCUGAAAACAGAGAAAAACAAGGGAGUUCAUUUGCUGUACGAGGGUCGAGGGCCUGGUGGCUCUUCUCUGCUCAUUGAGGCAUUAUCAAACAGUGGUCCCAAGUGCCAUUUGGACAUUAAAUAUAUCAUGAACAAGAAUGGGGGAAUGUUGGCUGAAGGAGCGCGUCAUUUCUUUGACAAGAAAGGAGUAGUUGUGGUUGGAGUAGAGGACAGAGAGAAGAAAGCCGUGAACCUCGAGCGUGCCCUGGAACUGGCAAUCGAAGCAGGAGCUGAGGAUGUGAGAGAAGCUGAGGAUGAAGAAGAAAAGAACCUUUUUAAAUUUAUUUGUGAUGCCUCGUCACUGCAUCAAGUUAGGAAGAAACUGGACUCCCUGGGCCUGUGCUCUGUAUCCUGUUCCUUGGAGUUCAUCCCCCACUCAAAGGUGCAGCUGGCUGAACCUGACCUGGAGCAGGCUGUUCACCUCAUCCAGACUCUCAGCAACCAUGAGGACGUGGUUCAUGUUUAUGACAAUAUCGAAUAACCAGACUGUGCCUGUCUCCAGGCUCUUUCCUAGGUUUCACGAGCUUGUGCAGCAAUCUCGGAGACUGAAACAGGUGGGCACCUACCAGAGACCUGAUGCCAUGGCUUACAGCCUUAAAAAAAGGGACUUUUAGCUUUGUUGGUAUCACAGGGCCACCUGGGAUACAAGGUGAGACUAGCCAGCUGGUCUGACUCUGAUCCCAGGUGAUUGGCCCUUGUCAAGAUUCUAAGUGUCUUGUACUAUAGAGUGGAAAUUGAUCAUCAAUAAUAACAGUAGUGAUUGAUUAUUCUUGGAUGUUGCAUUGAUGGUAUAACUCUUGAGUUGUCCCCAGUUUGUGUCCAGUUUUUGAACUUCUGGACUAAUGUUCAGGCCCACAUGCUUGUUUCUCUACUUUAAUACUAAGAUUGUCUUUUUUUUUCCCUUUUCUUUCCUUUUUACAGUGAAAUGUGGCUGUUCUCUGUGGUUGACUGGUGGCCUAAUGAGCUCGCCUUUUCACUCACUCAUGCAGCUAGUAUUUCUUGAACAUCUUUCUUUACAAGAAUUGUGCUUUUCCAGAGACCAGGCUGUUCAGUUGAUGCUUAGAUCUUGCUCUAAGAUGUAGGGCCUCAAAGGGAAAGACAUGGGGCUGUACCCAUGGAGCUGUCCCAGGGUAGUGUGGACUGCGUUUAUCAUCUUUUUUUUUUUCUUCACGUGGUUUUUGUUCCCUUUUCUGUCAGCUUAAAGGCUUUAGUGCCAUAGGAAGUCAGGUGUCAAAAGGGACCUCCUCAGGACCUACUUUGAACAACCCAUGUGUGUUCUGAAGAUUGAUAACAAUGGCCCUAUCAGCAGGUAGGGCUGUUCUCCUGAAAGGCUACACUAACCUGGGUUUGAGAGCUUGAGGGCCUCAGAAGGCCACUUUUAGCUCCUUUUCCAGUGAUGGCAAAUGAUAGGAACACCAAUAACUAGAGGGGGACAGGGACAAAAGGAAGAGUGAGGGCUGAGCCAGAGCCUGGCCUUUGUACCUUUGGCUCUUAACAGUCACUUCUGGGUUAGAAAGUCUAGCAGUGUCGACUGCCUGUGCUGUAGUAUAUCAAGCAUAAUGCUUCUGGAAUGGCAUUUGAAUCCAGGUCAUCUACCAACUUACAAGCUGUUAAGUCAGUUCUGAGCUCAGAGUAGUUUUCUUCUGAAGGAGCCUUAGGUAAAUAAGUGUGGAAAAGUCCUAAUACUGUGAAGGAUACUUUAGCUUCUAGAAAAGGACAGCUGGAAAGCCAGGAAGAACAAAACAAAAAGAACAGAACAGUCCAAGAUCAUACCAAAGCAGAUGCCCUUAUGCCUCAUAUCAAAGUCAUAGUACUAACUAGGGUUUUUUAGUUUUGCUGGGGACAAAUCAUCUAAAGAUCUGAAUUAGUACAUCAUCAGAAUGGGAUAACUUGAUGUUGAUAAGCUGCUUUCUAAUUGAUAUGUCAUGUUAUUUGAUUUGACAACAAACCUAUAAACUAGAACCAGGGCUUAGGGAGUAAAGCGUUUGCCAUGCAAAUGUGAGGACCCUAGAAUGUGAGUUCAAAUCCCCAGAAGUCUUGUAAAGGCUAGAUACAGUAGUGUGUACGUAAUCCCAGUGUUCCUAUGGGAAGGUGGGGGCUAAGACAGGAGAAUCCCCAGAAGCUUGUGAGCCAGCUAGCCUGAUGUUCAUAGCAGCAAAGAAGAGACCCUGUCUCAAACAAGUGGAAGUCAAACACUGACAUCCUGUCUACACACAUGCCAUGGCACAUGUGUGCCCACACUUACACACACAAACAUACUGUCACAUCAUAUACACCCAUGUACACAUGUACAUGCACAAAAAAAGAUUAAAAUAAAAUAAUUAUUUUAUGUAUAAAUUAUCUCACACCUAGGGCUGGAGAGAUGGCUCUCAUUUUUUUCUGAUCUCCUAGGGCACUCACAUAUACAUGGUAUACACUCACAUACACACAUAAAUAAUAAAAAAUGAAAAUAAAUCUCAUAAAAAAACAAAAUAAAACCCUCAAGUUAUCUCAUACCAAACAAAGGAGAAUGGGCUUAAUACAUCUUAUGUUGAUAGUGCCUGUUUAUAAAAUAGCCCUGUUUUAGAAAUGUUGAAUAUAAAUUAAGUUGAUGGAAUGUGAUCAUUUCUAAUCUGAGAAGUCUGUAUGAAGGAAGCUUGUUCUUAAAGGGAACUUGGCUACUCUUAUGAGCAGGCCUCAUCCUAUCUAGAAGAGUUUGUUAAUAUGGCUUGUUGUGGAACCAGUUUUCCUACACCAGGCCCUGCUCGCUGUACUAUACAGUAAGGCGCCUGUGAGGGUGGCGCCGCACUGACCCCUGGUGGUGCCCUUCUCGCUCCCACUGUUAACAAGGAAAAGGAGAAACGGACAGACUUGGACCUUUCCUGCUGUUUCUGGAUCUAAUUGAGACCAUAACAUAUAAAUAAAGAUAGUCACAGCCAUACAAUGUAAUUAAGGACAAGAAGUCACCAGGAUUGUGAAGAUACGUAGUAAAGGCAUUUAAGAAGGGAAAAAUUUAGUUUAGUGAUAAAUUCUGUCUGAUUUUCAUCAGUAUAAAAGUGAAUUUUUUAACAAGAGCAUCUGUGUUUCAGGGAAGAAAGCCUAGAGUUUUCCUUGCUAUAUUGUCUUUGAAAUUCACAUGGAGAUCAUGAAGGGGGUUUCCAGGAAUUUCAGAGCAAUAAUAAGAGUUUGGGAGUGGGCAGGCAAAAGUAUGGCCCUUCCUAUUGCAUAGUAAAGCCCCAACGUUCACUAUAAAAAAAGUUAUCUCUCUCAGAAUACUUUAUAUCAAGCUGGAACGGCGACCCACACCUGUAACCCCAGCACUUAGGAGGCAGCGAAGGGGGGACUGCUGAGGGUUUAAGGCCACUUGGUCCCCAUAUGGAGUUCCAGGCCAGCCGAGGCUACAUAGUAAAACCUUGCCUCAACAAAACAAACAAAAGAAUAAUUUAUAUCGUAGUGUUUACAAUAUAAUAUUAUGAAGAUUCAAAAUUACAAGUAUGUUGGGCUAGGGGGUAGCUCAGUGGUAGAGCAUAUGCUUAGCAUGUGUGAGGUGUCUGAGUUCAAUCUCUGGCACUAAAAAGAAGCAUGUGUACUAGAUAUAGUACAACUCAAAUUUUGAAAUAUUUAUUUAACAAUACUAUGUCUGUUAGGUCUUUUUCUUUCUUUCUUUCUUUCUUUUUUUUUGCCUCCUUUGAAACAGGGUCUCAUAUGAUCUAGGUUAGCCUCAAAUUCGCUGUGUGGCCAAAACUGACUUUGAACUCCUGAUCCUCCUCUCAAGAGCUUACAUGAGGUUUGGUUUUGUUGUUGUUUGUUUAUUUAUGGCUAGGAGGAAAUAUAUGAGAAUUUCAGAAAUGGCAAUCUUAGAGUUGUGAUGUUGUCACUGAUCUCGCUUUCUUUUUUUUUUUUUUUCUUUGUUUUAUUUUGGGGUUUUAUUUUAGUUAGUGAGACAGAGACUUACUCUGUAGCCCAGGCUGGCCUUAAGCUCACUGUGUAGGCCUUGAACUCAUAGCCAUUCUCCUGUUUUACCCUCUCUAGUACUGAGAUUACUACAGGCAUGAGUGACCAUGCCUGCUAUUAUUACUGAGUUUUCCUUUCUAUAAUCAUGUUAUUAUUUUUAUCAGGAAAUUUUUGUUUAUUUGUUUUUCAGUGUUAGAGAUCCAACCCAGGACCUCACACAUCCGAGGCUGUACAGCUGAACUACAUCCCUGGCCCAAGGGGAAAUAUGUGAAACCAGUGAACAAAUAGGUGCUGGGUGUGGCCCUGUAUAGCAGUUAUUCCAACACUAGAGAUGCUAAGCAGGAUCUGGAAUUUGAGGUUAGAAAAUAAAACCAAAAACCAAAGCUAAAGCCCAAAACCAACAUCCGACUCAGAUUAUUGCCUGACUAGCAGACAGACAACAUCUGGAAGUCUGAGCAUAAGAGGUUUUUUUUGUUUUGUUUUGUUUUUUUAAAACCAGGACUUGAACUUCCUGCCUCUGCCACUGGAGUGCUGAUUACAGGUGUGAGCCACCACACCUGGCUCUGGCUCACCUUUAUGUCUGAAAAAUGGGGCUGGGAUGACUUACAUCGGCUUAUCUUUGAUCAUUGUCUUAGUAAUACAAAGUUAUUCACUGCCUUGAAGCCAUACUAGGGUUAUGUUCAAGUGUUCUGAUGAGCUGAAAGUAUUUAUGACAGGCUCUGUCUACAGCCCAACUUUGACUUAUAUGUGUGUGUGUUAGGAUUGAGCCUAAAGUCUUGCUAAGCAAAGGCUAUAGAGAUCACCAAGCUAUAUCUCCAGCCCUGUUUUUACUUUUUGAGACAGGGUAUCACUAAGUUGCCCACACUGGCCUUGAACUUGUGAUCCUGCUAUCUCAGCCUCCUGAAUGGAUAGAAUUAUAGGCCUGUGCUAGCAAGCCUGUCUUACAUUGACUCUUACAAGAAGUGCUGCUGUGGGGCUGUGGAUGUAUUCAGAGGAUAGAGUAUUUGCCUAGCCUGCACAAAGCCCCAGACGUGAUGCCUAGCAUCAUGUAAGCUGGGCAUGGGAGAGCACACCUAUAAUCUUAGCACUUGGGAGGGGAAAAAGCAGUGUUCUUGUGUAUAACUGCUGCCCUUUUGCAAGAGGCUCUGGUGUACUCAGGGGAUAGUGAAGGCUAUGGUUCUAAUUAACUAUGGAACUUGUACAGUGCUGUUAAGUUACUAUUUUUAAAGGCUGUGCAUGUUCAUGCACACACUAGGCAAAGGGCAACCUUCUCUGUCAUCCUCAGGAACGCCAUCCCCUUUGAGACAGGCUCUCUCCUUUGCCUGGAGUUGAACAGUUAGGUUAGACUGGCUGGUGAGUGAGCUCCAGGGCUCCUCUUGUCAGCCUUCCCAGUGCUGAGGUUAAAGGCAUGCCGCUGUGGCCGCAUUUGUGCAUGGGUUCUGGUGACUAAACUCAGGUUCUUGCGCUUGCAAGGCAAGCACUUUGCCAACUGACCUUUCUCCCCAGCCCAAGUUAUUUUUCUUUCAAUUUUAUAGCAAAGCAGACAAUAAAGCUUCGAACUCCAAGUCUCAGACUCCUGGGUAUUCUUUUGAAUUCUUGUGGACUCCUUUGGAGAUGUUCUGUGAAAAGAGUCAAUGGCCGAAGGGAAUGCUGUGCUAAAUACCAAACUAGUUUGGACUUCAUUCUGUGUCCAGCCACUGAACAGGGUAGCACCCUUAACUUCUUUCUUGUAUCUUUUGCUUAUUUCUAAAAGGUUAUUUUUAUUUAUUUUAAAAUUUUAUUUUAUUGUGUGUGUGUGUGUCUGUACAAUGUAUGUGGUGUCCAUCUCCAUUGCUUGGCAAUAGUUAGUGUUCAGAGCUGGCUCAGUGGAUACAAUGCAAAUUCAAGGACCUGAGUUUAAAUCCAGAACCCAGAUGGAACCCUACGUGGUAGUUAGCGCCCACAUCUGCAAUCCCAGUGCUCCUAUGGGGAAUAGACAGGAGAAUCCCUAGAAGCUUGUGCCCAGCUAGCCUGGACUGCACAGCCAUAAGCAACAAAGAGAUCUUGCCUCAGUCAAGGUGGAACCCAAGGUCAUCCUCUACUCUCUACACAAAUGCAUAUGUAUACACAAACUGCUCCUCCCAGUACACGUAUACACAUAUAAGGCAACACACCCCUGGCUUCCUCGGGCUCCUGAACUCAUGCACAUAUUCCCCUCACCCCCCACAUACAUACAAAUGGUUAAAAAUAAUAAAAACAAAUCUUUCAAAAAUACAGUUACCCUUUGUACUUUAUAAUCUGGCUUCACCACCACCACCACCACCAUGCACGUGCACACACAUCACAGGGUAUUUAGGAUCUUUUUGGUGUUUGUAGAGGAAGGCUUUUUAGUCUUGUUUGUGGGCACAUACUAUUUUAUUAAUUACUAUAUCAUAAUUUGUUUAACCAUUCUUUCCAUCAGUGAGUAUUUGGAUGUCUACAUAGAAAAGAGGCUACAAUGGAUUUUCUUUACUUUUGCUUAUUUACAAACUACUGUUUGGGAUAAGUUUAUACCAGUAUGAUUUUAAAAUGAAUACUUUUUUGUUUUGUUUUUUUUGUUUUUUGUUUUUUUGACACAGGAUUUCUCUGUGUAAUAGCCUUGGCUGUCCUGGAACUCACUUUGUAGGCCAGGCUGGCCUCGAACUCACAGAGAUCCACCUGUCUCUGCCUCCCAAGUGCUGGGAUUAAAGGCAUGCACCACUACCACAUGGCUACUAUUUUUAAUUAGAAGAAAAUAUUAAUAAUUUUUAAGACAUCAUGGUUGAAAGAAUCUUCUAUGAGGUAUGCAUAUUAUUCCUUGACACAGCAAACUAACUGGUUCAACAGGUCAUCUAAAAUGUACCCUGCUUUAUCUCUGAAUUAAAAGAAUUUUCAUAAAUCAGGUGA